AUGCCUGACCUCAGUGACCUGGAUCCGGAGUGGUUCCCUAUCUUCGAAAACACAUUCAGGCCAUUCAAGCCCGGCGAGGACCUUUCUGUUGUGGACCCCGCUACUCGGGUCGAAGAGCUACGCGAGUUCCUCGCGCGACUGAUGAAAGCGCCCGCCGGAUAUAAGGAAUACUGGCAGAUCAAUGUCGAUGUCGCUAUUAAGAUGUAUCAGAAUGGAGAACUAGGACCAUUCAGACUCGGAGACCCCCCGGUGUAUUUUGUUGAUGGUAAAAUGGUCGACAAGAAUCCAUGGAAAGACGACACUGUUCCCGCAACGGCAUCUCGCUGGUGCGAGAUUCCUGCGCGCAUGAGAAUUCCCCUAAGGGCGAACGGCAAUUCUACAAUCAUGCAUAAUAUUAUCAUGUACAACGAUACCGGAAGUAAUGUUCUGACGGUGUUUGCAUCCGACCUCCAGCGUCAGACUCUGUCUGCGGAUGGGGCAAAUUAUCAAACGAGCCUCAGUAUCGAGAUACAAGUGCAGACUACGGGAAGUGAGGAAUUUACACCUUGGUUUGAAGAGAACUGUGUCUUUCGUCGAGAUGACCCCUCGACAGCUCGUUUAUCUGGAGCAGCGAUGAGAGACCAUCUGUAUUUUGCGACGACUCCCGGGAACCAGCGACUAUACGUUGCGCAGAAGAAAACUAGGUUGUUUUCCAUUUUACCAGCCUAG